GAGGCGGCGGGCACGGGCGGCCGAGCGGAGCCGAGCGCAGACGAGCACCGCCGAGCCGGGCCGAGCCGGGCCGAGCCGGGCCGGGCCGGGCCCAAGAGCGCGCAGGCGAUGCGGGCGACCAGGCCGGGGUCGGCGGGCCCCUGAACCCGACGCCCGGGGCCAGCGAGGAGCCGCGCGGCGGCCGCGUGUCCGAGGCGGCCGGCCCGCCAUGGCCGGGGUCAGCUACGCGGCGCCCUGGUGGGUGAGCCUCCUGCACCGGCUGCCGCACCUGAGCCUGCGCUGGGAGCCCACCGGCAGCCAGUUCCGGCCCGAGGACCCCGACUACCAGCAGGCGCUGCUGCUGCUCGGGGCCGCCGCGCUGGCCUGCCUCGCCCUGGACCUCCUCUUCCUGCUGCUCUACUCCUUCUGGCUGUGCUGCCGCCGGCGCGAGGAGCCCCGGGACGCCGACUGCUGCUGCACCGCCUGGUGCGUCAUCGUGGCCACGCUGGUGUGCAGCGCCGGCAUCGCCGUGGGUUUCUAUGGCAACGGGGAGACCAGCGACGGCGUCCAUCGGGCCACCUACUCGCUCCGCCACGCCAACCGCACGGUGGCGGGGGUCCAGGACCGCGUGUGGGACACGGCGGCCGCCCUGAACCUCACGGCGGAGCCCGGCCUGCAGAGCCUGGAGCAGCAGCUGGCCGCCCGGCCCGAGCCCCUGCGCGCGGUGCGGCGGCUGCAGGGCCUGCUGGGCGCGCUGCUGGGCUACACGGCCGCCAUCCCGUUCUGGAGGAACGCCGCCGUGUCCCUGGAGGCGCUGGCCGAGCAGGUGGACCUCUACGACUGGUACAGGUGGCUGGGCUACCUGGGCCUGCUGCUGCUCGACGUGGCCAUCUGCCUGCUGGUGCUGGUCGGCCUCAUCCGCAGCUCCAAGGGCACCCUCGUGGGGGUCUGCCUGCUGGGGGUCCUGGCCCUGAUCAUCAGCUGGGGUGCACUGGGCUUGGAGCUGGCUGCGUCUGUGGGCUCCAGUGACUUCUGUGUGGAUCCCGACGCCUACGUGGCCAGGAUGGUGGAGGAGUUCUCGGUGCUGAGUGGGGACACCCUGCAGUACUACCUGGCCUGCUCGCCCCGCGCCGCCAGCCCCUUCCAGCAGACGCUGUCGGGCAGCCACAAGGCGCUGGUGGAGAUGCAGGACAUCGUGGCCGAGCUCCUGAGGACCGUCCCCAGGGAGCACCCGGCCGCCAAGGACCCUCUGCUCCGCGUGCAGGAGGCGCUGAACGGCACGGAGGUGAACCUGCAGCACCUCACCGCGCUGGUGGACUGCCGCAGCCUGCACCUGGACUACGUGCAGGCGCUGACCGGCCUCUGCUACGACGGCGUCGAGGGCCUCAUCUACCUGGCCCUCUUCUCCUUCGUCACCGCGCUCAUGUUCAGCUCCAUCGUCUGCAGCGUCCCCCACACCUGGCAGCAGAAAAGAGGCCCCGAGGAGGACGGGGAGGAGGAGGCGGCCCCGGGGCCGCGCCAGGCCCACGACAGCCUCUACCGCGUCCACAUGCCCAGCCUGUACAGCUGCGGCAGCAGCUACGGCAGCGAGGCCAGCAUCCCGGCCGCGGCCCACACCGUCAGCAACGCCCCGGUCACCGAGUACAUGAGCCAGAAUGCCAAUUUCCAGAACCCCCGCUGUGAGAACACCCCCCUCAUCGGGCGCGAGUCCCCGCCGCCCUCAUACACGUCCAGCAUGAGAGCCAAAUACCUCGCCACGAGCCAGCCGCGCCCCGACUCCAGCGGCAGCGGCCACUAGACGCCGGCCAGCCACCGCCCCACGUGCCAAUCGCCCUGCUCCUCCCCAGGCCCCCAGCCCCUCCGUGACGCCCGGGCUGCCCCCCCCUUUCUGCAGGGGCCCUGCCAGUGGAGAUGAGGGAGCUCUGGGCUGCACCCUGACCUCGGGGUCCACGCCUGGACACGGAGCACUGUCAUGGACACCAGGGCCCUUGCGGUCCCCCCCCCCCCCCCCGCCCUCUAAGGAUUCGGGUUCGCAGAGCCCUGCUCUGGGCAGGCGGCGCCCCUGCAGCACGGACCCUCUGGACCUGCGCCUCCAGCUCAGCCCUCUCCCCGCUGCCCUGACGCCUGCCUCUGGCCACUCACGCCCUCUGCCCAGCGCCUCUGCUCCUCUGCGUGUCUCUGGCUCUUUCUCUCCCCCCUGACCACAGGCCCCUCCUGCCCGUCGCCAGAGCCUCCUGGGCCUCCUCCGCCUCCGCCAGCUUCGCUCUCUCCCUCAGCUCCUGCGGCGCCGCCCUCCCCGCGGCCAGAGGACAGCCGGGGUCGCUGAGCCUGGCUGCUCACCGUGGUGCCAAACCCCCCCCCCCCCCAGGCUUGGCACCUUGUUCCGGUUCAUUCUUGCACUAACCAUGCUCCUCAUCUCUAGGGCACGUGGGCCGCGGGCCGCGCACACUCCCUCCCUCCCCUUCCACCCCGGACAGGUGCCGCGUCCUGGAGCCUGGCCUCAGCUGGGGGCGGCGGGGGGCGCCCGAGCUGCCUGUGAAUGCGCCCUUGGCCCUGCCGCCCGGGACUAACCACUAACCUCACCCCAGCCCCCCGGUGCUGCAGCCCAGCCGGCCAGUGUGACCCCGAGUCCAGGAGGACCAGCUGGGGCUCCGGCUGAGCAGCCGCUGCUUCUCGGGGCGCCGUUGGGGGGGCAGAGUCCGACAGGCAGCCCCAGGCCCUGGGGACCCCUCCCCGGCAGGUGCUACCCCAGGAGGAUGUGGGCUGUCGGACCAAGGUCCCUGCGGCCUCGGUCUCCCUACCUGUGAAGUGGGGGCAAGGCCUCCCUCAGGUGCUUCUGGCUUCAGUGUACGCUGUUUGCUGUCCUGCCAGGGAGGGCUAGCCCCAGGGCAGCAUGGGAGUGCCCGGCCAGCCCCAGAGCGGCCAGGCCAGGGCCGAGUGAGGCCCCAGGCAGCGGCCGGGCAGUUAGACUGCGGCCCCAACUCCAGAGCCCCCUCCCUCGGCUGCCGGGACCUGCUCUGUGCUGGUGUCUGGGACCAAAGGGGGGGUGGCCCCCGGGCAGCCUCUGCCGGGAAGGGCCCCUGGGCACAGCUGAACCUCACACGCUGUCCAGCAUGCUCCAGGCCCCUGCCCCCCCAUCCCCUCCCCGUGGCGGGAGUGUGAUGGCCUCUGGUCAGGAGGCGACCCAGCAGUCCUGCUUGGCGCCGGCCAUGCCCUGCCGCUGCUGGGCGCCACCGCUGCGAGCCCCCCC